AUGCCUUUCGGAAGAGAACUUUCUGAUUCACUCGUGAACACUCGUCACACAUGUUACAGCGCUUUAAUCGCCCCAUUUUUAAAAUUCUUCAACCUAUCUCGUAGAGACUUGACUUAUGGAAGAACUUCUCUUCCUUAUUCCGCAACCGAAAAAAUAAUUCGUUCUCCACCUUAUCUAUCCUCUGAUCAUAUACUUCCCUUUCCUUUCAAUAAUGAUCAGGACAGCUUUAUUUAUUAUCAGGUCUGGUCUUUACCAACUGCCAAGGUACAACGUAAUGUGGACCUUUUAUUUAUUCACGGUUUGAACGAUUAUGGUGGACGAUUCUCUGAAAAUUGUAUUCCAAUAUUAGAGGCGGGUUUUCGUAUCAUUUCACCAGAUUUGCCAAGCUUUGGUCGAUCUAGCGGAUUACAUGCGUAUGUUACUGAAUGGCAAGACUUUAUAAAAGCGACAAAACUUGUCGUGGAUAAUGUCAAGGAACUUGAUGCAAAAGAGAAUCGUCAAAGGAAAUUGAUUAUAUCCGGCGGAUCCCUUGGUGGAUUGAUUGCCAUGGCAUAUUCCAUUAAAUAUCCGAAUACGUUCGACGCUUUAAUGUUGCAGUGCCCGUUAAUUCAUGUUGCUGGUCAAAGUCGCCCUAGCAAAUUUGCCGAAAUUAUUGCUAAGGUAAUCGUCAAUACACCUUUAGGACGUUUGCCUAUAGUAUCCGCACAUCGUGGAAAGAGUAGUUCGGAUCCGAAAGUUUUAGAGAACUUUCUUUCGGAUCCACAAACUUAUCAUGGAAAUUUAAGAGUAUCCACAGGGUUGACACUAUUAGAUGCAACCGAAUGGAUACAAUCAAAUCUUGGUCAAGUCCGUAAAUCAUUUUUGGUGCAGCAUGGUUUAAAUGAUCGAGUCACCUUAUGUGACGGGACUAGAGAUUUAUUUGCUCAAGCACAGACCCCGGAAGAUCAAAAGACCAUGAUUUUAUAUGAACAAUGCGAACAUGAUAUGUGGAGAGAUCCAUUCGCCGGGGAAAGAACCAUGAAUGAUUUUAUAAAUUGGCUAAUUCAGAUGGACGAAAAUUUAAAAUGA